ACCUCCUCCUUUAUUCAUCUGCUUGUUUUUUUUUUCUCUCGCUCUCUCUCUCUUUCUUUAGGGGCUUAAAGACGGCAGAGGAGAAAGAGAAAGAUAAAGUGAGAGUGGUGGUAGUGGUGGAGGAGGAGGAAGGAAGGAGAGGAGGAAGGAGACCAUCUUUCUUUUUUCUGUUUCUGCUUCAGAGGACGUGAAUUUGGUAGCAGAAGAGAAAAUCUAAGAGAAGGAGGAGAAAGAAGAAAGACUGACGGAGCAGGCAAUGAAGAUGAAGAAGGAAAAGAGAUUAGAUCUGGGGACGAUAGAUUGGAACUGCAAGGAGAUGAAGAUAUCUCUUGCAGCUCUCCUCAUUCUGGGCUCCAUCGCGACCCUGGUGGCGCAGCUCCUCCCACCACGUUCCUUCUUCUCCGCCUCCCAGUUGCGGACCUGCCUCUCGGAGAUCUUCCCGGAAUCCAACUCGUCCUUCCUUUCGCUGCCGUCGGGAGGGAAAGUACAGGUUGAGCAACAAGAUGGCCGCUUCCUCCGCCGGGCUUUCAACCCCUAUGGCUCCGCAGCCUACGUCUUCAUACAAAUGGGCGCUUACAGAGGCGGUGUGGACACCUUCGCCGUCGUCGGCCUCGCUUCCAAGCCCCUCCACGUCUUCGCCAAGCCGCGCAUCGAGUGCGAGUGGCUUCCGGGCAACGCCUCCGCCGAAUCCAUCAGAGUAAACGGCACCAAGAUGCUGCCUGACUGGGGAUACGGCCGUGUCUACACAGUGGUGGUCGUGAACUGCACCUUCCCCGAGGCCGUCGGCGUCGACGGCCUCGGCGGACGGCUCGUGCUCCACGCUCAUCACGGUGAAGGCGAGGAUGUUCCUCCGCCGGUGAGGAUCGUGUCCCUGACGGAGCCUGCCGGCAGUCUCAAUGUGUCUAAGUUCACAUCGCCGCCGGAAUACGACUACCUCUACUGUGGCUCGUCGCUGUACGGUGGCCUGAGUCCUCAGAGGAUCAGGGAAUGGCUGGCCUAUCACGUGAAGCUCUUCGGGAAGAAGUCGCAUUUCGUGAUUCACGACGCCGGCGGGAUUCAUCCGGAGGUGCUCCGCGUCUUUGAGCCGUGGGUGGAGGCCGGCUACGUGACUCUUCAAGACAUUAGAGCUCAGGAGAAGUUCGAUGGGUACUACCACAACCAGUUCCUGGUGGUGAACGACUGCUUGCACCGGUACAGAUUCUCGGCCAAGUGGAUUUUCUACUUCGAUGUGGACGAGUACAUCUUCGUCCCCAGGAAGAGCCACCUCGAUUCGGUCAUGAACAGCCUUCUCAACUACACCCAGUUCACCAUUGAGCAGAUGCCCAUGUCCAGCAAGCUCUGCCUCCUCGAAGACUAUCGCAGGGUCAGAAGGCAGUGGGGGUUCGAGAAGUUGGUGUUCAAGGACGUCAAGAGGGGGAUCAGGCGCGACCGCAAGUACGCGAUCCAGGCGAGGAACGCCUUCGCCACCGGCGUGCACAUGUCGGAAAACGUGAUCGGGCCGACGACCCACAAGACGGAGGGGCGGAUCAUGUACUACCACUACCACGACACCAUAGCCAACCGGAGGGAGCCGUGCCGGAAGUUCAUCAACGUCACGGAGCUGACGUUCGAGGGGACGCCCUUCGCGCUGGACGACACCAUGAGAGCCCUUGCCCCCGCCAUCAAGAGGUUCGAGCUCAAGACCAUCGGCGACCGCCUCGUCCGCACCCCUCAAUAGCGAAAAGCUGCUGUACCUCCACCCUGUCGACAAUGAUUACAGUCACACGCCUGAUGAUGAUGAUGACGACGGUGAUGAUGGUGGCUACUGCACUCGAUCCACCUACCAACGGUGAAAAACAGGAAAGGGAAAGGCACCAUGGUUUCUGCCUUUACUUUCUCCGCCUUCCCUUUUCGAGUUUUUCUUUGCCCUGUUUUUCCUAUUUAAUUAAUUGGUUGGGACCUCCAAUAAUUGUAUAGCGACGACGAGGGUGGGCGAUCAGUGCGUGCGUGCGUGCCUGUGUGUGUGCGUUUUAUAGAAUGAUGUAUCUGUGUGGAAGAGAGAGUGAAAGAGAGAGAGAGUCCCGUCCUGCUGUCGGUGGCUGUUUUCUGGUGGCGUUGGUGGUGGUGGUGGCGGAGACGGUGAACUGUGUGGGUAUGCGCUUGCCACCAAUCAAUGCAAAACAUGGGGCUCUCCAUCCUCUGUCUUCUCUGUGGGUCCUUCCUUCUUCCUCCUUCAAUUCUUUGAAUUCGUUAUGGAUCUUCCAUUUUUCUACUUUCUUGUCCUCUCCCUGUCUUUUUUUUUUUUUUUAUCUCCUUUCUCCGUCUCUCCUGUCAUGGAAUACAGACUGUAAAGAGUUAUAUAUUACUAUAUCGUCAUUUCAUAUCUCCCUUCCCCUCUUUCACUCUCACGGUUCCUGUCACGCGUCUUCCCGGUAAAAAGAGAAGCCAUGGAUUAAGUGGGAAGCUGUUCUCAAUGUGGGUGACUCUCCAUGACCGAAUCAUCUCACCGUUUUUCCUGCCGCCGCACUUGUCUUGUGUUUCUCCUCCUCCUCGUUUUAUAUCUAUAUAGAAUCUCUGUAAAUUUUUAAGUUCGAGACGUGGAAAAAUUUAUGCAUUUAUAAAACAGAUACUGUUGCGCAUC